CUCCCGGCUUGUCCAGAAGGCAGUCGAAUCCUGGUCAGCCCCUUUCUCCGCGGCACGGGAGGAGCCGGGAAUGCUGGCGAAACCAGGAAGGCACUGGCGGUGACGCGCACGCGCACGCACUCACGCACCACGUCCGAGGCCGGCGGGGCGACAGGCUCGCGCCCGGACUCGCCCCGCAUCCGCGCCAGAGGCUCGCGCACUCAGCGGGUUGGGCUGCGGUGGCGGCGGCUGCUGUGGGAGCCCUAGUGCUGCGCGUGCUAGGUCCCAGACGCGUCUGCGGCGCUCGCCCCGCCACCCUCCUCUCUCACCUCAGUCUCCGCGCUGCGUUCUGAGGGAAGGAACGGCGCUAGGCUAGCGAAGCCCGAGCGCACCGCUGGCUGCCUCCGACACCGCCCUGCGUCCUUUCGCGGCCGCGGGCCUGGCUCGGUGCUAGGCGACUCUGCGGGGAGGCGGCGGCGACGGCUGCCGGUCGGUGGAGUCACUCUCCCUUCAGCCUCGCCCCUCUGCCCGGCCCUGCAGGGGCCGAGAGGACUCGGAGGCUGCCCCUUCCGCUCGGCCCUCCUGGUCAGCCGGUUGGAGCUGCAGCGGUCUGGAAGAGGUCUCUGGGCUGAGGCGGCGGCGGCGGCUCCUCCGGCUCCAUCAUGUCCGCGGGCGGAGACUUCGGGAAUCCGCUGAGGAAAUUCAAGCUGGUGUUCCUGGGAGAGCAGAGCGUUGGAAAGACAUCCUUGAUCACCAGAUUCAUGUAUGACAGUUUUGACAACACCUAUCAGGCAACAAUUGGCAUUGACUUCUUAUCAAAAACAAUGUACUUGGAGGAUCGAACCGUGCGAUUGCAAUUAUGGGACACAGCAGGUCAAGAGCGGUUCAGGAGCUUGAUUCCUAGCUACAUUCGUGACUCCACUGUGGCAGUUGUUGUUUAUGAUAUCACAAAUGUUAACUCAUUCCAGCAAACUACAAAAUGGAUUGAUGAUGUCAGAACAGAAAGAGGAAGUGAUGUCAUCAUCAUGUUAGUAGGAAAUAAAACAGAUCUUGCUGAUAAGAGGCAAGUGUCAAUUGAGGAGGGAGAGAGGAAAGCCAAAGAGCUGAAUGUUAUGUUUAUUGAAACCAGUGCAAAAGCCGGAUACAAUGUAAAGCAGCUUUUCCGGCGUGUUGCUGCAGCUUUACCUGGAAUGGAAAGCACACAGGACAGAAGCAGAGAAGACAUGAUUGACAUAAAACUGGAAAAGCCUCCGGAGCAACCAGUCAGUGAAGGCGGUUGUUCCUGCUAAUCCCCCUGGCAUCUUUCAACCCUUCUACAGAAGCUCACUGCUUUGGCCCCAUACUCUUUCAUUGACUGCAGUGUGAAUAUUGGCUUGAACCUUUUCCCUUCAGUAAUAACGUAUUGCAAUUCAUCAUUGCUGCCUGUUUCGUGGAGAUGAUCUAUUAGCUUCACAAGCACAAAAAAGUCAGUGUCUUCAUUAUUUAUAUUUUUUAAAAGCCAAACAGUUCCAGCAUACUCGUGAUAACUUUGAAGAUUAGAUACAUUUUCUUAACAUUUUUUCCCUUUUUAAUGUUAUGAUAAUGUACUUUAAAAUGAUGAAAAUCUCAGCAGUAUGUGUGUGGCUUGUUAAAGAGCAGUGUGUUCACAGCAGCAUUUGCCUACCUUCUUGCUGGCUCCCAGCUUUUCAUGCCUCUUCCUUCUCUCCUUCCCUGUUCUUACCUUCCCCAAACAAACAAGAGAUGGCAAACAGCAGUAUAACCAAGCCCUUUGGAAUUAUCCAUAGUUUUACAGAUAGCUUUUAGCUCCAGGCCAUGAGCCAUAAUGUCCAAAAUUAUUCUUGAGCACUGAUAUAAAUUACUUAGACCUUCUUUGAGGUCAGAACUCAGCUGUUGCUAUCAGGAUGGGCAGUGCUUGAAUAAGGAGAGGGUUCUGAUAUGUCUUCAAAAUGAGUCCACGAAUAUACCGAGUGCUUACCAGUAAAGGAACAUAAAAUAUAUUUCUGAUCAGAACAGGUGUCCCUUUUACAUGAGCUUUACUAGACUCUGGGAGAGAAAAGUAGCCAAGUACUUCUGAACCGUUUUUUUAAUACUUGUUUCGUCAUGGUGAAAUUAUAAAAGUUAUAGCAGUUCUCCCAAACUUUUUACAUUGUCAAAAUGCUGUCUUUUUUUUUUUUUUUUUAAAUCAAAACCUUUUAAAGCAAUAGAUUUCACUCGGGUUUCUUUUCCAGAAAAAUGCUAUGUAGACAAGGCAUUGUAAAAAUCAAUUUCCUAUAAGAACCAGCAGAAUAUAAAUUUGACACGAAGGAAACUGCUGUAUCUAGUAGAAAUAAUAUCUCAAGUUUACCAACUAAAGUACCCUCACAGAACAGCAAAUACCUUCUGCUCUGGACAUUGGUUCAAAUUUGAAUAUGGAAAUAAUUUCCUUGGAAGUCCCUAGAGGAAGGUCCGAGAAAGCAUGCAUUAAGAGGGAAAGGAAAGAAUCGAAAUAAAAGUCACUAUAAUGCAGAUUUAUGCCUUAUUUUUUAGCAUUUUUUUAAAUGUUGGGUCUUUCAAGCUGUUUUUUGCUUUUUAUUAGAUCUAUAUAAAUAAGUUAACUAGCAAUUUAGUUUUGUAUUUAAGCUACACUCAAUCCUUUUUUCUUUGGUGAUAUUUAUUUCUUUGCCUUUUUUUUAAACUUCAAAUUUUUAGGUGUUUUGUUAAAUAUUUAGAGCUUCAUCACCAUGGCAAUAUGUAUUUCCCUUGAAACAUUGCAAACAAAUAUAUUAGGAGUGCACCCUUUUAAUCUUUACUAGUUAUUGUGAGAUUGCUGUGUAAGUUAAUAAACACAUUUGUAAAUACAUUAUUUGCAGGGAAAAAAUUCUGAGUUCUAGCUCAGAAGAAGCCUGCGGAGUUUAUGUUGUAAGCAUUACUUAACACAGUAUAAAGAUGAAAAGGUAACAAAAAUAACUUCAUACUUCCUCACCUCCUCAUUGCAACAAAAAUCCCUAACUGGAAAACCCACCUCCCCUGUCCCUGUCCUCCUCCACUUCACGUACUGUCACCUUGUAAACACUUGGCGAGCACUUGGAUUAUGGAUCUGAAUAGAGAAAUACUUUCAGAUAAUCAUUAGCCCACGUACCCUGUAACUUAUAGUCAAACAUGGGAUGGAGUUGUAAAGUGCUUUUAUAAUACAUAUUAUUGUUAAAAGCAAGGAUUGACUCUUUUGUUUUAUUUUGACAUGGCAUGUCCUGAAAUAAAUAUCAAUUCAAUAUGGCA